AUGACCCAUUUGAUGGGCUGCAUUGUAAUCUCCGGCGUUGGAUUAGAACCUGAUGGAGCGAGAGGAGUAAUCCUAGGAGGUGGGGGUGCAUUCCUGGAAGGGAAAAUAAAUGUUGGUGAAAGUGGAGGAGAACUUGUGGGCGGAACAAAUUUUGGUGGUGGGGGCGGAGGGGGUGAACUUUGCGGUGGCGAAGAUGCCGAGGGCAAGGGUGAACUAUCAAGUGCCGUUGGCGAUGGUGGUGGAGGUGAAUUUUCAGGUGGUUUUGGCGAUGGUGGAGGUGGGGAAUUCGCAGGUGGGUUGGAUGACAGAUGUGGAGAUGAACUCACUAGCGGAGUUGAACUAAGUGGUGGUGGUGAACUCACUGGUGGGGUAGAACUAGGUGGUGGUGGUGAUGGUGAAGGUGAAGUUUUUGCGUUAAUUGCCUCCUAA